UACAUGUUUUGAAGUUGCGUUUUGACAUGAUGGUUAAUUAUACAACCUGACAGUCCCUAGUCAGAGUUUGAGAUUUGAACCUGUUGGUUGAAGGUCGAAUGCUUUCAUCACUAAGCUGUUUUUUCAUCUGAAUAAAAUAUUGAUGGAAAUACUCGUUGACAUAUUUAGUGAUCUGCUGAUUCAUGAAACAAAUGAUGUAUAGAUAUUCUGCAGUUACUUAUUGUAAGAUGAAAUAGACGUACGAAAUAGUGUUGAAAUCCGACGAUAUAUAACAAAUUCAUCCGUAAAAAAGCGUUAUUGAUGUUAAAAUUAUGUAGUUUUUUAACUGCCUGAUUUUAUUUUAUUUAGUAAUUAAUCCAUAGUUUACAUAAAUGCACUAUUUGCUUGUAAGUAUUCAUUCUAGUAUUAUGAUAUCAAUAAUAACGAAUUGAAUAUUUGGCAUAUUCAGUUCUUUAAUUUUUUGAAUUUCUUGUCUUAUUCCACUUUAAAAUUAUUAUUUGUAUACCUGUGACCAAAUCAUACAUAUAAGUAACAAGUUUAAAAUAAGAGGAAAUGAACAUUCUUCAUCUUUAAGAUACUUCAAAAUACCAUCAACAUAAUAUUGAUACGUAAUAUUAUAUAAAAAAGUCCAUAGGAUGUCAAAGGUUGUCUAAUUCGGCUAUAUAGAUCAAUGAAUAAUUAAGCUAAAGUUCCCUGUAAAUGUACUUAUGAGUCCGUUCUUUUGUAUUUAAUGUAAUUCAGUAUAUUUAUAGCCUAGCUAACGAAAGUACUGAUGACUCAAUGAUAGAUCAUUUACAACCUUAUGUCAUUUCAAGCUGUCCUCUCAAAUGUAGAUUCAUUUCACCUAGUGAAUUUACAUAGUAAUAUCUUGCGAACUACAGUGUAAAGGGUUGGAUUCUUGAUAUGAUUGUUGUCUGCGAUUAGUGACGUCAUUAAUUGGGGUUUUGAUUUGUUGUGUAACGUGAACUAUUAAGUCAAGAAGUAAGCUUCCAUUCAUUAGAAUAGGGGUUUUAACGCCACUCUACCUAUCGUGGGAAAUAAUAGGGUUAUUUUUUUAACGCAAGUCUCUGUAACCAUAGUUAAUUCAGUAUCAUAAUACUAUUAGUUAGGUCGCUCUUGUCAAUAACCUUGCCAUUACUAAAUGGUCCCAUUGAACCAAAAUAAUGCUUCAAUCAGUUAGCAACAACGUAGAACUUCAUACAUACGUUCAUCAGUUCAAGUUGCCAUACUACAUUAGCACAAAGAUAAAAUUGUUAAUUCAAUUCCCAUAGUGGUAGAAGUAGUAAAAGUAUAAGCAGUAAUCGGAAAGAUUAGGGUUUCAAGAUGUUAUUCAAGGAGUAUGAUCCAGUGAAAUAAAUUCGGGAAGAGAAGAAAAGGGAAAUGAAGAAUUCAGAAGAUUAGAAUUUGGGAGAACACAAAGAGUGGAUGCACCUGCGCCAUCGCAAGAGAUUUUGAGCCAUGUCAUUUAAGGUCUCUAACCAUCGGUUGCUAUCGUCUCGCAGAUCCCAACAUGGCUCAGUCCAGUUGUCAGUGACUUCAUGGAUUUGCUCCAUGUUUUGGUCUUCCAACCUACUCCUACACCAUGAAACAUCGCUUGUCGGGGCAGUCGGUGGUUGGGCAUAUGUAACACAUGUCCUAGCCAUCUCAACUGAUGAAGUAGUGAGACCUCAUCAGUUGAUUUGCCAUCCUUACCUAAUACUCGUUUCCUAACAUCUAUAUUACUUACUCGGUGGUCCCAGGAUAUACGAGCGAUGCUCCGAAGACACCUAUAAUGCUUAAAAACUUUAGUAACCGUUAUCUGUAUUUUUAAUAUAUCUUUCCCAUUCAAAAGAUGUUUUGCUACUCUGUUACAACACAGGAAGUAGUCUUGUACCAUAUACUUCGCUUAUAAUACAGAUCUGUGUAUAUUUUAGGUAUCAUGGUUAGAUCAAGCUUUCGAAUAACUGUAAGGAACUUUAUUUUUGAACUCACGAUCAUUAAUACAACGGAAUUAGUUUUACUAACAAAUUUUCAAUUAUUUAAGGGUCAAAGUUUUAUGAAAAUGAACUGAGGCGGGAAAAAGCUCUUCGUCAACAAAUUGAACAAAAGCUUAAAGUUAUAAAAUCACUUACACCGGCGAUGUUAAAAAGUGGUGAAUUAGAAGCAGAUCACAUACUGAAAGAUUUAGGGCAGAAACGACGUUUUUCUCGAAUCAUUGUGCAUGUGGAUAUGGAUGCAUUUUAUGCAGCUGUUGAAAUACGUGAUCAACCCGAACUUAGGCAUCAUCCAGUUGCUGUCGGUAGUAACAGUAUGCUAUCUACAAGCAAUUAUAUCGCUCGACGAUUUGGCGUACGUGCUGGUCUACCUGGAUUCUUAGGCAAAAAACUUUGUCCUCAACUGAAAAUUAUACCGUGUGAUUUUGUAAAGUAUACUGCAGCUAGUCGUGUAGUACGAUCUAUUUUAAUGGAAUACAGUGUUUCUGCUGGGAGUGCACGAAAUUCCUGUGAAUCAGAUAAUAUUCCAUUUUCGGCGGUCAGUUUGGAUGAAGCGUAUCUAGAUAUAACAGAUCAUUUGGUAGACCGUUCUGACUUUCCUGUUGAACGACGUACAUUUUGGCCUAGACCAGCACCUGGAGCACCUAUGUUGGUUUGUCGUUGUCGGUCACGUUCUAAACAUCCACAAUCUCAUAAUUUGAAUAGUAGCUGCACUGAUAACCAAUCCGAAAUUCCUAUAGAUGAUAAUUCUGAGAGUAAUUCUAAUUCUUGUCAAGAAACAGAUAAAUCAUCUGAUAAGCUAUCUGUACGUAUAAUAAAACCGAAAUACUCUGAUCCUGACCUAGAUGUAUGCAUUGAAUGUGGAUUACUUUGUAAAUCUGGUCGUCGAAUAUUUGGUUUAUCAGCUUGGGAAGCUGUUCGAGAAAUGCGAUUUCGUGUUUUUUGCGCCACCCGUCUUACUUGUAGUGCUGGUCUUGGUCCGAAUACAUUGAUUGCAAAAAUCGCCUCCGAUUGGAUAAAACCAUGUGGGCAACAUGAAAUCGCUAAUACAUUAGAAGCUGUCGAUAAAUUUAUGCAAACUAUGCCUGUGAGAAAAGUUCCAGGGAUUGGACAUGUUACAGAACGUCGACUAGAUGCUUUUGGAAUUAAAACAUGUGCUGAUUUAAUUGAUAAACGUGGUUUACUCUGGCAUGUAAGCACUAAAAUAUCAAUGGUUUAUUACAUGCGUAUUGCAUUAGGACAUUCUGAUGAUCGUUGGUUAAUUAAUGUAAAAAAUCAUUUUGAUGAGAAGUUAAAUAAACCUUUUGGAUUUAUUGAUAAUGAUUCAGAAAAUAUCGUUCCUUCUGCACAAGGUCAAGUAGAAUUGAAUAGAAAGAGUAUGAGUGUAGAAAGAACAUUUUCAGAUACAUCCGAUGAAAAUGAAUUAAUGCAUCGUUGUGAACAACUUGCUCAAAUGCUAUCAACUGAUUUAAAAGAGGAACAUGUCAAAGGUCAGUUAAUCACACUUAAAAUGAAAUUAGAUACAUUUGAAAUUCGAACAAGAUCACAACUCCUACCAGAUUACACUAAUCAUACAGAGAUUAUCAAUUCAUUCGGUCGUGAAUUAUUGCGUGAAGAAAUGGUAGCGUUUAAAUUGAACACAGCUGUGAAUAAACCACUUACUUUACGUCUUAUGGGCUUACGCAUGUCCAACUUAUUACCAGUGGAAAUGUGUCCACAAAUUCGUCAACGUAGUGUUGAGGAAGCUUUUAUGUUUGCAAUAACAAGCAAUAAUACUAGUCCUGAAAAAAAUCCCAGUACAAUCUCUAAAACUCGGUUACACACUGAAACAUCUAUUAAAUCGCAUAACAUGAUAUCUUCACCUAAAUCAGUUGAAUCAACAAAAAAUAGACUGAAAAAGUUAACAAAGUCUAGUCAAAAAAAUGAUAGAAAGAAAAUGGUCGGUUGUAAUUCUUCUUCAUUGUUCAAUUAUCAUUUGGAUGAGUGUUUAAAUAGAUCAACUAUUUUAGAAGUAGUCAAAGAGACUUUGACUGAUAGAGAUUAUUGUUCAACUACUAUAUCACAGUCUAGUUACUUGAAUUCAUCAUCACAUGAUAUUGGUAUUCGAAAGGCGAAAUCGCAAAAACUUGAAGUUAAACAAUCCAAAAACAGUAACAUAUCAACAACGAAGACCAUGACGACAACAACAACUUUUCAUGGACCUCUUGAUAAAUUUAUAUUUAAUUCAUCUACUGUACAUUUUGAUUAA